AGCAAGUCACACAGUAGAAAGGGAUGGCUUUGGAGCAAGUCACACAGUAGAAAGGGAUGGCUUUGGAGCAAGUCACACAGUAGAAAGGGAUAGCUUUGGAGCAAGUCAUGCUUUGGAGAGGGAUGGCACUGAGGGUGACGUCACUGGGGGCCACAGGGACAACACAGAAAGCCCAUGUGUAGUUGGGUUAGUUGAUCAGCAGGGGGCGCUGCAUGGAGACACAGCCCAGUCAGAGGAGGAGAUCGUGACAGGAGGAGGACCAAGGGAGAACCUCAGCGAGAGAGACCCCUUUAAGAGGAAACGGCUCUUCGGUGAUAUGACUACUGACAACCAGAGAGGGAUGGGGGGUGGAGAGAUGGAGGGAAGAGUGGAGAGGGAGAGAAAGGAUGACAUCAAUAAAGGAGGGUUGAAGAAAAAGAUGGAGAGGAAGAACAGCAGGAGUAGUACCAAACCCCACCAGCAGAGGAAGGUGUCACCCUCACUAGGGCAGAUGAGGGAUGGAGAGGGCCAGGGGGUGACAGAGACGGAUAGUCACCCAGAAGAGAGAAGGAACAUGGAUGGGCCAUUGGUGACAGCUGCACAGAGGAACAGUGGAGGAAACACAGAACCCUUAGCUGCUGGACAUUUCAUUCCAAAGCCGUCUCAGGAGGGUGGGAGAGUAUUCAGAGCCCCCACUCUGCGGGGCACCUGUCUGGGACAGACCUCCCUGGCUACUAAUCAUCACAACGACACUCAGGCUGGUGAUGGAGGCUCCAGAGAGUGGGGGUUGACUAUAGAUCCUGCACUAACCAACCCCUCUCUAGCUGGGCAUGGAAGGGCCGCAGGGCUGGGGUCCGGCCUGACCUCUAUACGUGCAAGUGGUGAGGAGGAGAGCAGCGGCCAUCACCCUCUCCUCUCUGCCCAACAACCGCCCCUGACCCCUACCUUCUCCCUCAAAAGUAAACACGGCACCCCUCUGCCCAAAAUCGCCCUUUUCAGGCGGCCGGUGAAAUGGGAACCCCCCCAGUCCUGUCAGGAAAAAGCAAGGACCUUGCAAAGGGGCCAGGAGUGGUGCAAAACCCAAACCCCCAAACACCCAGACCUGACCCCAGCCUUUAGCCUAGACCCCCGAGCCAAGACCAAGACCCUCCACAAGACUGAGGGAACCAAGAGUGUUUCUCUAACCCCUAACCCCCCACAUCGACCCCCAGCCAACCCAGUUAGGCCAAAACAGGGGGUCCCAAUGGGGGAAAGGGGGCUUGUAUCAACCAGGGACCAUUCUAGUUCAGACACUCCUCAGCAUAGAUCCUCCAAAACCCCCAAACCACCCAAGCCGAAGCGGGCCAAACCUGGGCCUAACCAGUGUCAACUCACCCCAGAAACUGAACCAGAGGGGGGAAGCGGUGCCGGUGACCCCCGUGCCCAGUCCAACCAAUCCAAAACCUGUCUGACUACAGCCAUGAUCUCUGACCCCAGAGUAAGGGAUGCUGGGAAGUUGAGUCCUGAAGAGAGAGGCAGGGUGCUGGAGGAGGCAGGGCAGGCCAGUGCACUGGUUCUGACCAUGGUCUACCAGGACGGAACCACUCAGAUGGACCCAGAACAGAAGCUCAGUCCGUCAGUGUGUGGGGUGCUGGUGAUGUUGAAAAGAGAUCUGGACCAGACUGGACCAGAGGAGGGGGUGGCACAACGAACAGUCUGCCUCAGACUGGAACAGAAACCUGCAUGGGCCCAGAGCCACCAAGACCACAACCUAGACCUCUUCAAUAGAGAGAUGCUGCUGCAGGUAGUGUCAGGGUCUCAACUGGUGGUGUGUUACAAGGCCAAAGACCUGCUCCGUACAGCACUGCAGCACUACAGACCAGACCUACACUGGAAACAAUUCUCAUCUUGUCGCAUCCAGGAUCCCCAGGUAGCAGCCUGGCUAUUGGACCCAGCUGACCCAUCUUCCUGCUUCACCAACCUGCUCACCAAACACUGUAGGACACCCUCCAGAACCCCCACACCUGCCCUGGGGGCAAGGAAGGUGUACCAGGUCAUCUCCAGUCUGUCUCUGCUCUACCAGCUGAAUAUGGAGCUACGCUCUAAACUACAGAGCCAAGGUCUGUGGGAGCUGUACUCUAACAUGGAGCUGACUAUGAUCCCUGUGCUGGCAGCCAUGGAGAGCCACAGGAUCCAUGUGGACACGGAGUCCCUAAAGACAACAUCAGAGAUGCUGGGGACUAAGAUGAAGCAGCUAGAGCACGAGGCCCACCAGGCAGCAGGCCAGAUGUUUCUAGUGACCAGCAGCACCCAGCUCAGGACGGUUCUGUUUGAAAAGCUGCAUCUGCAGGAGCGCUGUGAAAACAAGAAGCUCCCCAAGACUCUCAACAAACAACAGCAGUCUACAUCUGAGGCUGUUUUGUUGCAGCUGCAGGACCUGCACCCCCUGCCGAAGAUCAUUCUCGAAUACAGACAGGUUCAUAAGAUCAAGUCCACCUUCGUCGACGGGGUUCUGUCUUGUAUGACGAGUAAGAACUUCAUCUCGUCCACAUGGUACCAGACCAGUGCAGUGACUGGAAGAAUCUCUGCCAAACACCCAAACUUCCAGGCCCUCCCAAGGCAGCCGGUGCAGAUCACUAAGAAGCAAUAUGUUCAAGGAAAGGAAGCGGAGGUGGUGACGGUUCACCCACGGGCCAUGUUCAUCCCCCAGGAUGGCUACACCUUCCUGGCUGCAGAUUUCUGCCAGGUGGAACUGCGUCUGCUGGCUCACCUCUCGUCAGAUCCUGAGCUGCAGAGGAUCUUCAACAACCCACAGGCCGACGUCUUCACCAUGCUGGCCUCACAGUGGAAGGGUGUGAGUGAAGGAGAAGUGAGUUCAGAGGAUAGAGAGCAUGCCAAGCGUAUUGUCUACUCUGUGGUGUAUGGAGCAGGUAGGGAGCGUCUGUCGGGCAUCCUGGGUGUUAGUGCUGAACAGGCCAGCCACUUCCAGGACAGCUUCCUCCACACCUACAGAGAGGUCCAGACCUUCAUACACACCACCAUCCAGCAGUGCCACAAACAAGGUUACGUGGUGUCUAUUAUGGGCCGGCGAAGGACACUUCCUCACAUCCACUCUACAGACUGGGGAGUCCGCAUGCAAGCUGAGAGACAGGCCGUCAACUUUGUGGUCCAAGGGUCAGCUGCUGACCUGUGUAAGAUGGCCAUGAUCCGUAUCUUCUCUCAAGUCUCCUCCUCCAGCUCUCUCUCCGCCAGGCUGAUAGCUCAGCUCCAUGACGAGCUGCUCUACGAGGUGGAGGACUCUCAGGUGGGGGAGUUCGCAGUGUUGGUCAAGAACACUAUGGAGUCCCUGCAACACAUCGAUUGUCUGGGAGUUCAUCUCAAAGUCCCCCUGAAGGUGGCGGUCUCAAGUGGCAAGUCCUGGGGCUCCAUGUCCGAACUACACCUCCCCCAAACAUCUCUCCCCACCUCUUCCUGAGUCCCUCUCUCCAUCUCUUACUCUAUCUCUCUCCCUCAUUGUGCUGCAUCUCCAUCGCUAUGGAAACCAGGCAGCUGCAGCUCCUCCAAGCUCCCAAUUCUCCUUCUCGCUCCCUCUCUCUCUAUCCAAUUCUCUUCCUCACACACACACACCCCUCUCUCUCUCUCUCUCUCUGCCCGUAUCAGGGGGCAACGGCAGGAGCCUCCCACUGGAACGCAUCAGUUUCUUUUUUUUCAACCUCCCUCCAUUUUGUGGAAUUGUAGUCUUCUUCUCUUCACAUUUUUCUGUUCUCACCCCUCUUCUUUAGAUUUUUGGUUUCUGUCUUCUGUUGCCAAGGCAAAACCACACUUUGAGAAAUUUGUUUGGCACUGUUGCCUUUUUAAAAGUAUUUCUCAGCUAAAGUAAAUAUACCUCAUUAGCUAGAUAACAGUCAGAGGUUUUUUUAAAGGUUCUAUACUGUUUGAUUGUGUUUAUUAACUGAUAUCCUGUCUGAAUGUCCUAUUAUUGCAUUAAUUGUCAAGUAAAGCUGGACUCGUCAAUGUAUUUCUACAAUAAAGUGAAACGAUCUAG